UACACGGACAAGAUCACUCAAUUUGAGCAUAGCUUACCACCGUACUCUCGUUCUGCAGAUGGGUCUGUUAGAUAUAUUUCGCUGGUCUAGGAAGACGACUACCAUUUUGCCGACGGAUAUCGUAGUAUUCAUUGUAGGUCCUUCUGGCUCAGGGAAGAGUUGGCUUUUGAGCAUUCUUUUGAAGAUGGCAAACACUCACGUUCCGGUCAACAGAGGCCAGAAGCCCUGCACUACAAAGGUCCACGCAGAAAGAUGCCACUUUGAAGGAAUGCAGGGUGACAUAAUCCUUGUGGAUACGCCGUCCUUUUACACAUACAUACGCCCAGAUGGGGAGAAGACCGUGAAAAAGUGGAUAGAUUCAAACUAUAUACAGCCCAAAGGAGCCGGAAUCUUGUACAUGCAUAACAUUGCAUCGAACCCACUUGAUCCAAACUUGGAGGUCUCGAGGCAUUUCAGUGCUUUCCGACGCACAUGCCCCCAAGGUCACGCACCCAGUGUUGCUCGCGUUGUUCCGACCGUCGCUUUGGGGUCAACGUUAUCUGCUGAGAAGAUUAAUACAUCGAUGACACGACUGCGGUAUCAGGCAGAUAGUAUAGGUGCGUCAAUACUUGGGAUGCCGUUCGACGGAAAACCCGGGACGGCGUGGGACGUCGUGCAGGAACUAUUAAAUGAGAUUAUGAGAUAUGGCGGUGACAAUCAAAGGGGUGAGUGAGACGGAGAGUGUCAUAUUUGCUUCUGGAGUCCUUGUUUGUACACUAGCAUAGUAUUUUUAUCAUGUGUAAU